AUGAAGACUCUGCUUUUUUUCUGCAUUUUCUUGUAUCUCCUUGGGGUGUUGUGUGCAGUGUACAAACAAUGGAUUCCAAACACCAAUUUUGAAAAUGCCUCCAACUGGGAUCAAGGCCGAGUCCCAUGCGCCAAUGAUGUCAUCCUUUUUCGGAGCAGUGAGGUUGUGUCGGUCUUUGUCCAGUCAUCCUACUCUUUGACAGACAUGUACAUCCCACUGAAUGGAGAAUUCAUUAUGGCCUCUGGUGCUGGGUUUGCAGCUUCCGAUGGCAGUUAUGAUCCAGGAUGUGAGACAGCUUCACAAGUCACAUUUUCUAGUGCAGAGAAUUCCCAGUGGCAUGAUCCCACACUGUGGCAUGCUGCAACCUCAUUGGAAAACCUGGAUGAGGGCAAGUACAUCUUCUCCAUAGAUGAAGAGCGCGUUCCGUGCCAGUAUGACGACGUGAUCUUUCAGCCCAAAACAUCUUUCCGAGUGAACAUUGAGUUGCCUGAGCAGACGAUACGGCUCAGAAGCAUUUCAAUAAUGGGGCAGAAGUUCACCAGUGACAACAGCCUGGCAGAAUAUAUGCAGAGCCACUCUGCAAAGCUACAGUUCCACGGACAAGGGGCAUUCCAGCUGUCAACCACCCGAUGCCCAGACAAAUCCGGCUGUGAAUGUGGAAACGCUGCAGGUCAUGACAGAAUCUGUGCUGCCUUGCUCCAGAAUUCUGGGAAUCACUGUCCAGGGGCAAUGUGCAAGGACCCGCUGAAGCCGGUUGGUCAUUGCUGCGAAAUAUGUGGAGCCACCAUUUCCUUGGACUACUCUGCUGGUUUUGACAUUGAGCUGUACCGGAACAGAAUUCUCCACACAUUUCUGAGUUUGCCCAAGAAUGCAGGUAUUCAGAUGGCCAUGUCAAAGGUGCAUGAACUGCAGACUUUCCUGGGGAUCAUGCCACGCAGCUCAGCCUCAUUCAUCCAGAUUGUGCUGAUUGACAACAGGACCGGGUCGCAGAUUGGGACUCAUGCCGAGCAACUGGCUAAGGAGAUCAUGGAAGAUAUAGCAGUGCAUGGAGUGUCCUUUGGCAUUGUGACGAGCAACUUGCAGGCAGCCACUGGCAGUAAGUGGAGUGCUCAAGAGGCCAGUGGCCAGGCUGGCGGUACAAUUGCUGGGACAGUUGUUGGUCUGCUCCUUGUCUUACUGCUCUUGGGAAUUGUCUUGCUUCUUUACAGAAAAGGGACAUUAAGAUCUCUCUCACCUGUUCAUUUUGCCUCCUUGUGGAACCGGAAACGGGACCUGGAUCCUUCAGGAGAAACAGUUGACAAAGGGUUUGAUAAUCCCAUGUUCGACACGCCAUCUGACCCAGUGGCUUUAGCCGGUAUGUGUUCUGCGGAGGAGACUCCGAACGAGGUGGCGAGCAAAAAUAGCGAGCUUUAUUACAUUAAUCCUUUAUAUGAUGAAACAGAACUUAGUGCUUAACAUCAAAGCUGCCAGAGGAAGCCAAUCCUCUCAUUCUGUACUCUGCUUGCAGUGUCAUCUCAACAGGCUGAAGCCACUGGGAAGACCACUUCACCAAUGCAUGGAUCCCGUUCAUUUCAAUAGGGCCUGCGCAGAAGAAUUAUCGGUGAAUUGCGCCAAAAGUCAUUUUAUCACUGCC